CUAACGUUUUUACGAAAGCUCUUCAGCCAUCUUCAGUUAUAAUGGGUAAAGUAUUUGGAAAGCUCUUCACAGCUGUGGAGAAGGAGAAGGAGUUGCCUUCAAACUCAGAAGACAUUGGUGUCGUCGCUGGAGGAGGGAAGAGGAAACGGACAGAAGAUGGGGAAAGCCUACCGAGGAAAAGAAGUAGGAAACGGGACUCCUCCCCGCAGAACGAUGAGUUGCCGUCCAGCUCAGAAGACAUUGGUGUUGUCGAUGGAGGAGGGAAGAGGAAACAGACAGAAGAUGGGGAAAGCCCACCCUGGAAAAGAAGCAGGAAACCGGGCCCCUUCCCGUGGAGCGGUGAGUUGUUCAGCUCAGAGGACACUGAAAGCAGAAACACACCCGAGGCGGCUCUGAGCGAGGGAAGCGCUAAGAGGAAGGCGGUCGACGAUGAAGGACCGGUUGAGAAGAAGUACAGGCUUCUAGACGAGUCAGACGUGUUUAAGGCCAAGUACCAGCAGCUGAAGAAACUUGGCCAAGGAUCGUUUGGAUGCGUGUUUGCUGGCUACCGCAGAGCGGAUAAUCUACCCGUCGCCAUCAAGCAUAUCGACAGGAAACACCAUCUCACCCUUUACCAAGAAGAUGAUGGGUACACGAUCCCCAUGGAGGUCGCUGUCCUAGAGCAUCUACAGGCCAACUCAGAGCGGCAUUCAGCACCAGUUGACCUACUGGACUGGUACGUUGAGGAACAGGGGCUGAUCCUGGUGCUGGAGAGACCGUUGCCGGCCGUAGACCUCGCCAACUACAUCCAAGGCAAAGGAGGCCACUUGAUAGAAACGGAAGCCAAGAUUAUAAUUAAUCAGCUGCUGGAUGCAGCCAUUGACCUCAAGCAGAAGCACAUUUUCCACCGUGACAUUAAACCCGAAAAUCUUCUUAUUGAGACCUGCAUGAAGUCGCCGCGAGUUCGCCUCAUCGACUUCGGUUUGAGCUGCUUCGACGGAGACGGAGACACCUAUAGCAACUUUUAUGGUUCUUUCGUCCCCCCAGAGUGGCACCGUCGGCAGGAAUACGAAGCCGGACCCUCGACAGUAUACCAGAUCGGAGUGGUCCUGUUCGCCAUGCUCCAAGGCGUGGAAUCUAGCGGGCACCUGUCCUUUCAGAAGCUGAAGAACAGUUGGUGGCUUUCCGAAUAUUGCAAAGAUUUCUACAAGGCGUGCAUGCAUGUGAAUCCGGAUCAGCGGUUCACCCUGGAGCAGAUGAGGAAUCACCCGUGGCUGAGAUAGUAUCACACUACACCCACACACACACA